AUGUCACGCGAUGGCAUCAUGGCUGUGCUCAGUGCUGAGAAAGUCUCGAGCAAACUCUCAAACCUCAGGAAACUAUUCGUUUCCAACUGCCUGGUGCUGGUACCCAUGCCUGCCGGCAGGAAUGGGUACAGAGAAAACCCUGGCAGCAGCAGCAUCCUGCAAGUUCCCACACCACCUCAUGGCUUUGAUGCCGAUUCGUUCAGUCUUUCUCUGGUCUCAUCAAUGAGAAAUCCAAGUUUCGGGGGAGUGGUUCGUUUCCAGCCGUUGCUCAGCCAAAGAAAAGGAGUAUUGGGGCAUGGAGCCAUGGGCGGAUAUGUUCUUCAUAAAAAAAGCAAAAGAACAUGGGUUGCAGAAAAAACUGACUUCGAACGUUGGGUUUUCUCUUUGCAGUUCUCCACCGAAAUUGCUACCAAAAAGGGGAAAGCGGCUCAGGUGGCACACGGAUACGGCGGGAUUUCAUGA